GCUUUGUUGGUGGGUUGGCGUGGCUUCUUUCCAGGCGGCGCCAGAGCGCUAGCGAUUCUUAUAGCAACGUGAUCGUCGUGAUCCUGUCACAAGUUUAGGUGUCUCCGUGUUGUCACUGCUGUCCACCAUUUGGCACAAUGUCUGGAGGUACCAGUGUGCUGGCCCUCAAGGAGGAUGAUGUGAGGCGAUUCCUGGCGGCCAAGACUCAUGUUGGCACAACGAACCUAGAUUUCCAAAUGAAGGAGUACUGCUUCAAACGACGUUCCGACGGCAUACAUCUAAUAAACAUUAAGAAGACUUGGGAGAAAUUGCUACUGGCUGCCCGCGCCAUCGUGGCCAUUGAGAAUCCUGCCGAGGUGUGCGCCAUCUCGUCGCGUCCAUAUGGACAGCGGGCGGUGCUCAAGUUUGCAAGCUUCACAGGUGCUACACCCAUUGCUGGCCGCUUCACGCCUGGAACCUUCACUAACCAGAUCCAAGCUGCAUUCCGCGAGCCGCGGCUGCUGGUUGUGUGCGACCCACGGGCGGACCACCAGCCAGUCACGGAGGCAUCGUACGUCAACCUGCCGGUGAUAGCCUUCUGCAACACGGAUGCCAGCCUGCGCUACGUGGACAUCGCCAUCCCAUGCAACAACAAGAGCCAGCACUCCAUCGGACUGCUCUGGUGGAUGCUGACACGGGAGGUGCUCCGCAUGCGCGGAUCCAUCCUGCGCGACAUCCCCUGGGAGAUCAUGGUUGACCUGUUCUUCUACCGCGAUCCCGAGGAGGCCGAGAAAGAGGAGCAGGCCCAGCAAGCUUUGCCCGAGCGCGGCCUCAAGGAGACGGUAGAGUACCCGACCGAGCAGUGGGGCGGAGGAGACAUCACCGGAGCGCAGCCUGAUGUCGCAGAUUGGUCUGCUGCUGCCGAUGUGCCAACCUUCCCAGCUACCGUGACGGCAGCACCCGUGGUCGUGCCACCGCCACCCGUGGUAGCCGAAGACUGGUCGGCAGCUGCGAUUGAAGACUGGUCUGCCGCGCCACCUGCUCCGGCCAGCGGGACUGGCGCCGAGUGGGGGGCUGGCAAUGACACCAACUGGAACUGAGUCCUGAUCUCAGUGGGAACAAGUCGGAAGCUGAACCAAAUUUUGCCGCACAAUGGUGUUUUUUUUAAACAUUGCAUCAUGCUAGUCACACAAUCUGUUACCAAAAGGAAGCGCUGUCCAGGAGAGCUCACACUUUUGAGAAGAUACUUGCAUUCACUCUCCUCUCGUGCUCAUCAUGUGUUCAUCUAAGUCAUUUUCUUUUAAAUUGUUUUUGUGUUGAGGUCCUGUUGCCCCAAAAGCAUGAGCAUGUGUUUGUCUAAGUCAUUUUUUUAAAAUUGUUUUUGUGUAGAGGUCCUGUUGUUCCAAAAGCGUGAGCAUUGCGCGCCGAGCUGCGCAUACUACCCGGUGAACUGCGAAGCUCUUGUACCAGGAAUGUUUUGGACCAGUUUCUCCCGAAACAGGUGCACGAAAGCGAGAGAACCCUCCAAUCUAAGCUCCUUUCGCAACACACUUGCUGCCAAAGAUAGAAAUGUGUUAUUAAAACAAAGGCGGGAGGCAUGUCCAACUGUCUUUUCACACAUAUCAUGCAGGGUACAAACUAUUUAUUCAUUGACAAAUGAACUGUUUUCAUUGAGAUA